GAAUGGAGGCCGGCAUUCCAGUAUUUGAUGGGAAAGGAUAUGAAAUAUGGAGAAAAAAGAUGAAGUCAUUGUUUCUCUCUCAAGAAUUAUGGGAUAUGGUGGAACAAGGAUACACGGGAUUUUGUGAGAAUUCCAAGUUGGGGUUGAGAGAGUGUAGAAUGAAAGACGGGAAAGCUCUAUAUUUCAUUCAACAAGGAGUUUCCGAUACUAUAUUUCCCUAUAUCAUGGAAGCAAAGAGUUCAAAAGAAGCCUGGGAUGCUAUUAGAAAUCGAUUUGGUGAUGGUUUCCAGCAGACAAAGAUUGAGGAGAUAGUAACAAGUGGAAAGGAAUCUGCGACGAUAACCGGAAAUGAAACUGCGACCAUACGUAUAGAAAGAAUGGUGUCAAAGUUAACUCCCAUUUACGAGGAAAGAUGCAUCUUCAGGGUUCCUGAAUCAUUGCGGAAUGGAAACGAGGAAUCUUACGAGCCAAAGGUGCUCUCCAUCGGGCCUUACCACAGAGGCAAACCUCGCCUAGCUUCCAUGGAGGUGCACAAGAUUCGUUACCUGCAACAAUUGCUCCAACUUUCUGGCAAUCAGAGUGUGGACAAAUUGGUCGAAGCCAUCACCCCAGAGGUGGAGAAGGUGAGAAAAUACUACGCCGAGCCUAUAAACAGUAUUUCUAAUGACGAACUGGCUCAAAUGCUAGUGUUGGAUGGAUGCUUCAUCAUUGAGCUCUUUCGUAGGUUUGAAACCAGAGCCGACUUCUUUCCCACAUCUGUGGACAAAGACGAAUAUUAUGAUUUCUCAUUAAACUUGUUUGGGUAUAAACAUAUCACUAACUCGUUAAGAGAUGAUCCCGUGAUUAACUCUGAUGUUUUAUUAAAUGAGUUGCAAAACGACCUCUUAUUAAUUGAGAACCAAAUUCCAUUUUUCAUCCUCGAAAUCUUGUGUAGCGAGAUUAGUAGUACUAUCUUAAGCCUUGAUACGGAGCUCGAAGAAUUGACCAUAAAGUUUUUGUGUCGGAAGUAUGAAAUGUAUAGAUGGUGGAACAAAUUCUUCAUUGAUGAAUUAUUUGAACAUCGGUUACAUUUGUUGGAGAUUGCCCACAAGACUUCAAGCUGCUUCUACAAAAAAGGCUUGAAAGAGGACAUUUCCCCAAAACACAAUACUUUUAUAAGCUGCUUCUACAAAAAAGGCUUGGAAGAGGAUAUUUCACCAUCAUCCAAUUACGGAAAUUUUUGUUUUGUCAACUCGGCCACAAAGCUAGAGGAAGCCAAUGUUAGGUUGAAAGCGGGGACAGACCAAUAUGGAAGCACUUUUAACAUAACAUUUAGUAACGGAAAGUUGACGAUACCAAAAAUUACUAUAGAUGAUCACUUUGAGAUUGAAAUCCGAAACUUUAUUGCUUUCGAGUUAUGUCAACAACAUGACUCCAAUAAUAGGUACUACUGUGAUUACGUCGUCUUCAUGGAUCAUCUAAUUGCCUCAACUGAAGAUGUCGAGUUGCUUAUAUGCCGCCACAUCAUCACCAACCAAAUGGUAGAUUUUAAAUCUAUUGAAAAUAUGUUUAAGAAGUUAAAGAGGUACAUUGUACUGUCAAAUCCUUAUGCUUAUUUUAAAAUUUCCAAUGAUUUGACUAAAUAUUGUGAGUGUCCAUGGAACAAAUUGUUUGGAAGCUUCAAGCAUAAAUACACCAAAAACCCAUGGGCAUUUAUAUCCGUUGUUGUGGCUUCGAUUCUUCUCGGAUUAACUAUCAUACAAACAGUGUUUUCCAUUCUUUCUUAAGUGACUGAUUUCAUCCAAGUGAUUGUUUCACCUUCAUCAUUUUUAUUUUAAGGUUGUUGUAUUUUGUAAGAUUCUACUUUAUGUGAGUUAUCAUUUUAUUGUAAC